CGCAGUGAAUACAGUUGGUCCCGGAUAUAGCUUUUUUGUAAUGGUCGCGUGUGUUUUGCGUUUGAAUAUUUGAGUUCUUCUGUGCACACCAAGACUUGCAGGAGUCGUCGCCAUGACCUCCGCUCUGGAAAACUAUAUUAAUCGUACUGUUGCAGUAAUUACUUCAGAUGGUCGAAUGAUUGUGGGAACUCUCAAAGGUUUUGAUCAGACUAUCAAUUUGAUUUUGGAUGAAAGCCAUGAAAGAGUAUUCAGUUCUUCACAAGGAGUGGAACAAGUGGUAUUAGGAUUGUACAUCGUAAGAGGCGAUAAUGUUGCUGUAAUUGGAGAAAUUGAUGAAGAGACAGACUCGGCUCUUGACUUGGGGAACAUUCGAGCAGAACCUUUGAACUCAGUUGUGCAUUGAAGAAAAUAAAGACAAGGAUAUGCAUCAGGACUUCAUACAUUUCCAGUUGUACAGAACUAUUUAUAGGCUGGCAUGGCUACUUUUUACAAGUUGUAUGUAAUUAGCUGGAUAGUUUAUACUUCUUAUUUUGACAGCGAUGGUUUGAUAUGUAAAUUAAAAUUUACAUCUUACUAAAAUA